AUGUUAGCCGAAGAAGGACAAUUUCCUUUUGAAGUUUCCAUUGCCUAUAAAUUUAAGGAUAUAUGUGGUGGUGCUAUCAUUUCAACACAUGCCAUUGUCACAGCAGCACAUUGUAUUAAUUACAUAGAACCUAAUGAUCUACAAGUUUUUGUUGGUGUACAUAAUUUUUUGAUAUUUCCACGUGGACAUAUUCAUAAUGUCGCAACCACUAAAAUACAUCCUGAAUAUGAGCCGACCACAAGAGAUUACGAUGUGGCUUUGGUAAAACUUAAAGAAUCGUUAGAACUAAAUGCCAAUGUUAAUAUCAUUCCAAUUUCAUCGACAAGUCAUGUAUAUUAUGGUGGUAAACAGGGUACGCUGGUUUAUUGGGAAAUUGAAAACGGUUCUAGUCUUUUAUUUACCCAGACCGAGCUGUGGGCCGAAAAGAGAUGUACGCCCGCAAAUGCACUUGGUGAUUUUGCCGUAGACCUUUUUGAUGACGAUUUACCUCCAUCGAGUCUAGCGGUUAUUUGUGCUGGUAUACCAGCCGGACUUUGUAUAGGAGAUGAUGCUGGUUCGUUGAUUGUAGACAACGAGUUGUGGGGUAUAGUGUCAAUGAAUUUUGAAUGUGAUUCUAAAGAUAAACCUUUGAUUCUGACAAACUUGGCUUUUGUCAAGGAGUGGAUUGAUGAUAAUUAUUUAAAUUGA